GCCGAAAGAGGCUUAUAGCGAGACCGAAGAGAGAGGACCGCUCUGUUGGAACCCCCGAUGCGAAGGAGGAGAGAGAGGCGGAGAGAUAGACAGAGGGAGAGGGAGAGAGAACGAGAGAGAGAGAGAGAGAGAGAGAGAGAGUAGGGUGCAGGCGCAGCAGAGCAAAGAGGAGAAGGAAGAAGAGUUGGAGGGAGAGAGGGAGGUGAUGGAGUCCAAGAGGGAUUCGGAGAGGAACCGGUGGGGACUUCUUGCUCAUUCAUACUCGAACGCCUCCGCACAGAACGAGAGAGAGUCUCUCUCUCCCUCUUUCUCUCCACGAAUGUCUCCAUGUAACUUCUUGCGCGGCACUCGAGAUGCGUUCAAUGCCACUUAAUCAACGUAUUUCUCGAGAUUAGAGCCGAAACGUUCGUUAAUAAUCGUCAUUUUCCGUCUCUCUUUCUCCCAGCUAAUCUUCUCAUCGAAUUAGCGGCUAGUAUUGUUCGUUAUCGCGUCUGUGAAUUCGUUGUUAGCCGAGCAUUCAAACUUGUACGAGAUUAUUCAAGAUUUUCUCCAUAUCGAUUCGUCAAAACUUGUCCGUUAGUUUUAUCAAUUGAUAAUUAGAAAUUCAAGUAAUCUAAUACUUGGAAAUUGUUGCUCGAACAAAGACCUUUGAAACGAAGAAUAAAUGGGAGUAAAGCGUAGAAAAUCCUAACGGCGAUCAACGUUCAAAUAUUGUUAAUUCGACGAUUAAUGAAUACGGAGAGAUGUCACGACGCGUAUGACGGGCAUUGGCAUAUACGCCUGAUCAAUUUCGAUCAAUCCCUGAUAAUUCCGUUCAAAAUGAAACUGCAUUUCGGGGCGUACCGAUUCAUAAUCGUACACGUAUGUAUGCACGUACCUUUUAUUAAUUACCAUACGAUUUCGUUAAUUACGAAGCAUUAUGCCGUACACGUGCAUACGAGCCAAUCGGAAUAUUCGCGACGUGUAACCGUGGUCCGAUGUCCAAUACUUGCGUUUCUAAUGCUAAUGCGUAUUAGUGACAAGCUUUAAGUCAUCCUAGUUAUUUUCUGCUCUAUGUCCAUUAUCUUUAACCUCGUAUUAAACACACGACGCAGCCUUUGAAGUCACCGCGAGAUAAAAGAAAAAAGAAAAAAAAAAAAAGAAACAAAAAAGAAAUGGAAGAAAAAUAUUACUAUGUAUGUCGGUGUUAAAAAAGUGGAUAGAUACAUAGAAUAGUAAGUACGUAUUUAAGUCUAUUGUAUUGUUCGCAUUAAAAAUAAAUAUCUACGUAAUGAUUAAUCGUAUAAUAUAAUAACCGCAUAAACGCAUCGUGACCUCUCAGACACCGAUCUCCAUUCUAAUGCACGCUCAUAGAAUUCUCCAUUAACCGUAAUAGUCUAUCAUUUUCCGAACCGAUGUUCCGUACGACCGAAUCGCGUUGGUAUACCCAACGAUGCGAUUUUGCAGAUAGAAAAGUUAAUUUCGUCGCGAGAUUGUUCGUCGUUCGAAAAACAAAAAGAAAUAUAGAAAAAAAAAUGAAAGAGUUGAAAGAAUAAAAAAGGAAGGAUAAAUCGAAAAAAAUUGAAAAGAAAUUGAAUCGAAAAUUUGUUAAAUCGGUAACACACGCGAUAUUCUUUAGACGUACGUACGUGUAUGCGUAUGCUAUUCGGUGGGCGUAAAAGGAAAUGUGCCGGAUGACCUCGGGUAGCUUCGGUUGUAUUUAGGACACCCGAUAGAUGAUAGCUACGGGCUCCAGGAUGCAAACUGAUAGAAACUGGCGCGUGUGAUUCAACUUCAUUAAGAGAUAUACGCGCACGCGUGUGUGUGUGUGUGUCUGUGCGCGCGUGCCUGCGCGUGGAUGUAUAUAUUAUAAAUACGUUCAUUCAGAUUUACCUCCGAUAUUUUCAACCUUUCAAAUUCACGUUUCGCUUAUCACCCAUGAAAUAAUUAUCGAUGUAAGGCUUUGAAUAACUUCGUACCUUGCGAGGCGAUGGCAAAUACGAGAUCGAAUUUCAUCUUUUUCUCUUUUAAAUCCUACAAAAUAACAUUCGAGCUCCAAAGAUCAUAUCGACGAGCUUACGCGCGUAGACGCAUGCACGUGUAGGUACGUACGUACGUAAAUAAAUGUAUAAGCGAAUCGACGUUUCGUUUUCGCACAAAUUAUAAUGGUAUCGUUAAGUAGUCGUAGAGAAGUAGCGCAUGGGAUGACGUUUAUCGUUGGUCCAUUUUUAUCUUCUUCUACUUCGUUGAUAGAAGCCAAUUUGGCAAGAGGUUCAUUAAAAUAAUUGGGUCGCCAGAUAAGUUUUUAUAUUUUUCGCCUGCUCCGAGUCAGGAACAAAACGAUUGAAUAACGUCUAUUAAAAGAACGAGAGGCGGAAUCUGCUGUUUUUCAAUCAAUGUGUAAGUCUAUUAUACGUACGCAUAGGCGCGUGUACGUGUGCGAACUGAAUUCCGUUGAAAAUUAUAAAACAGACGAGGAGAGUGAGCCUAGGUUAUGCCGUAUGCCAUAGAUUUCUAACUAAUUCUCUAAGCGAGACACCGCGACGUCGUUUAUUUCUUAGUAGGGUGUCGUCGAUAAGAUCAUCGAAGCGACGAAGAAAAAUGGCUUACUCUUACAACAUCGAAGAGGUUCCGAUGGCCGACGAGCCGUGCGUGGAACACGACAUUCGUCGUGCGAAACAAUUUUUGCUGAAGCACAGUCCCGAGUCCGGUGAUAAUCUGUACGACCACUUAUCGGAUCUCCUCUCAAAGAUACUCGCGGAAAGGCCGAAAAAUGCUGUCGAUUUAUUCGAGGAGUAUAGCAGAAGGUUGAAGGAAGAAAGAUUCAAAACCCAGACUAAUCAUUUGCAUGACGUAUACGUCCCACCUAUGCAAUAUGAAAAUGCAAAGAAGCUCAUCGCGUUGUUUCAAGUAAUCAAACGUUUCGAACAGGAAGAAGAUAGAAUGGAGGAGGACGAGGAGAGUGAGAGAAAGAAAUCGAUACCAAAUAUGAUGGACUUGCUAUUUUAUUUCGAACAAACUGGCGUGGGUUUGCCACGAAGCGAGAUGAUUUUGCUUAAUCUAGCGAUAAGAAAACUAGCUAGCAGCGUGCCCAUCGAAAACGUGAGGUUUUGGGGUAAGAUCCUUGGUAAUCCGAAGAAUUAUUACGUCGUGGAAGCCGAACUUAAUGAGGACGAGCUACGAAGGAGAUUAGAGGUAAUUGCUACUAUAUCGGUUUCAACGAUUUCUUUUUUUUUUUUUCGAUUAAAAUGAAGAAUAAUCUCAAAGUAGCAAGUGACAGCCGCGGAGGAAAUUAGAGAAGAAAAUAGGGAGGAGAGAGUGCAGGAAGAGGCGGAAAUUUCAGGCGAAGAUCAGGAAAAAGGAUUGCAGUUGGUAUUUCCACCAUUGCCGAUUAGUACAUGGAAAAUACCAGCGGAAGUGCCACCGGAACAAAUUGGAACUGGUGUAAACGCUAAGGUAUAUUUCGUAUGCAACAGGCUAGGAAUCGACGAUUGGCUCGAACUUCCGCCGGUCACGCCGCAACAAAUAGUGAUUUCUCGUGAAAUCGUUCGUUACUUUACCGGCAACUUGAAGACACCGAUACACACUUUUCCACCGUUUCCCGGCACCGAAGAGAACUAUCUCCGAGCAGAAAUCGCGAGAAUCAGCGCAGCGACCGACAUAUCGCCGAUAGGCUAUUUUACGUUCGGCGGAUUAGACGAGGAAGAGGAGAUAGAUGAAGAAAUGGAAGAGGGAGGGACCUUGACGGAGAAUGUGCAUUACGAUCCAUUGCCAGUCAAGGAUCUAGUGGAUCCAUCAAUGUCGAAUUGGUGUCAUCAUACUCCGUACAUUCUGAAGCAGGGACGUACGGUGUGGUGGGAUCCACGAGAAAGAGAGGAAGGAACGUUGAGAGAAGAAGAGGAAGAGGAAGGUGAAGAGGAUGAAACAAGAGCCGGAGAUGCGGUCAGAGAAACUGGACCACCUUUGUUGACGCCAUUGUCCGAAGAUGCCAUUUUAGAAUCUGUAUUUCCGUGGACGACCAGGCAAUCGUCGUUCGUUCAACUAGACACCGCGGUUGCGUUAGUAAGGUCAAAUAUUUGGCCUGGUGCUUACGCGUUCGCCGUUGACAGACGUUUCGCCAACGUGUACAUCGGCUGGGGUCACAAGUACACCGCUUACAAUUACAAUCCACCGUCUAUGCCUCCCGUUCAGGAUCAGUAUAGAAUUGGUCCCGAGGUCAUGGAGAUUCGGGAUCCUACUUUUGAAGAAGAGGAGGCUUACCGUAUCGCCCAUUUACCACCACCACCAUUAUCGAUAGGAGAAGGGGAGGAAGAGCUAGGAGAGGAAGAGGAAGAGGAAGAGGACGAGGAAGAGGAUGAAUGAUCGACGAUUAACUUCGUGAAUAAUUCAAAUCAACAUAAGCUCGAUUAAAGAUAAUAAAAUAAGAACAAAAUAAUCAACCCUGAAAAUGUAUUUAAAUAUCUUCCCGCGUAUUUACCGAUGCGGUAGAGAGAUUCUACGUCACGAUACUAUUCGUCGGCAAGUAGAUUCCUUCUUUUUCAAGAAAUAUUUUUACUCCAGAGGUAACCGAUAUUAUCGAUAAUCCUUAUGCGUUUAUAGUCCUAAUCCGUUUACCACCUUCCGAUCGAAGCGAGUGUAACUUCACAAGAUGUGCAUUUAACGGAUAUGAACAAGAUAUGAACUGCGAUAGCAAUAGAGGGAAUACGAAAAAUAUAAUAUUUAAUCUGAAAAGUAUAAAUAAAAAUGAAUGCAAAUAAUGAUUUUAAAUUAUAGCAAAAUUACAGAGCGAAUUUAAAUCGAUGGAAAUAAUGCCAUCUACAAUGCUCUUACUCAUCGUAUUUCAUAAAAAGAA